UAACGACGUGAAAUUUUCACUACAGUAUAAUAAUAAUAUACCUACGAUAUUAUUUUUCUCUCACUCCUACGACUCGUCGCAUUAUUAUUUUAAUACACUACGGCGUUCCCUCCAGCGGCCGUUCGUACAACACAAUAAUAAUAACAAUAUACAUAAGUAUAAUAUAGUAUAGCUAUUACAAUAAUAAUAUAAUAUCCGCUAUAUUAUUUUUUCUUCAUCAUCAUCGUUGUGCGUGUGCGGUACGGAACAGAAAUGUGUACGCGUUAUUAUUAUUGUAAAGUCGUCGUCGACCGUCGUAUCAAUUAGCGACGCCUCGAACUGUCAAUAAGUUUAUUUUAUCGAUUAGAAUAAUAUAUUAUUGUUUUUAUUGUUUUUUAUUAAAUUAAAAAGCAGUGUACACAAAACGUUUACACGUGCGGUCGUCGUCGUCGGAAUGGCCACCUGACAUCGACCGGACUUUGCCACUACGCGCAAUUAUUAUUCAUUUUUAAAAUUUUUUUUUUAACAAAAGUAGUAGUAGUAGUGUUGUUCGGUUACUAGUAUCGGACGAACAAGAAAGCACCCAAAAGCAAAACAAACAAAUCACACCUACGUUGUAUUUAUCUCGAAUGGUCGGCGCAUAGAAAUCUGACAAACUGGAUAAGUUACCCGAGUAUCUCCGCGAUACCGUGGACUGGUUUAUGGGAAAAGGCCGAAAGUCCAAGGACAAAGAAUCAUUAUGUAACGACGAUAACAAACCAUAUUUAGAUGAAGCUGUUUUAGAAAAAAAGUUACCAGACAUUGAUCUUAGGAUACUAAUCGAAAUGCCAAACGGAAUUGAUUACAAUGAGUGGCUCGCAUCUCAUACUAUUUCAAUUUUUGAUAACAUCAAUUUAGUAUAUGGAACGAUAUCGGAAUUCUGUACCAUAACGGGUUGCCCUGAUAUGAUCGGCCCGAGCUAUAGGACCUAUUUAUGGUUUGACGAGAAAGGUAAAAAAUCACGAGUUGCCGCUCCAUUAUACAUAGACUAUGUUAUGACGUAUAUUCAAAAGACUAUUAACGACGAGACAAUAUUUCCAACAAAAUUUGCAAAUGAUUUCCCUGUCGGAUUCGAAGUAGUCGUGCGAAAAAUCUUCAGAUUGCUGUUUCACGUCUUGGCUCAUCUUUACCAUUGUCAUUUUCGUGAGCUGGUCUGGUUGAAUCUGCACUCGCACUUGAACUGCGUUUUCUCCCACCUUUCUGUGUUCAACCACAGAUAUCAAUUGAUCGAGUUGCGCGAGACCGAAAUCCUUCAAGACCUCGUUGUAGCUUUGAAAAUUCUUGACGACGACAACAGUGAUACGAAUACCAACAGCGACGAGCACGGUGAUCGCGAGCAAGGUGUCGUCAACAAAGAACCCACCCUGUCCUAUGCUGAUAAACCACUAAACAUGUUCCCCCACUCUCCCCCUACCUCUACACAAACCUUAGCUACUCAGAUCGGUAACUUCUAGUCUUGUAUUACUAUAAUAUAAUUAUUAUUAUUAUUUUUUUUUUUUUUCUGUAAAUAAACUUUCUUGUUGUUGAAUUGUUUAAAAUAGAAGAGUUAUAAAUUAAAUAUUUUUUUGUUAGAAUUCCAAAGAGAGGUUAAACUUAGCUCUUCGGCAAACAUUACAAUGGUAGUCCGCAUUGGUAAUUGCUUUAUUAAGAAAUUCAAUCGCGUAGUUCAAACGUAAAAAACGUAGAAUAAGUUAUCGAUUUUUCAUUACGCCGUAGCUAAGACUGUCGACAAAACAGUUUGCGGUCCAGAUAAGAUCCAGAUAUUGUUGCCAAUUUGUGGCUCUCACGUCUCUUGUCAACCAAUACCGUUUAUAUUUUAUGUGUGGUUCUUGUAACACGAUAAUUUAUGACGUAAACAAAAUAUCUCAUAAACCAAUGUUCCUUUCUAAAUAGAUAUUUGGCUAAACGAUUUCUGUGUAAAUUGUAUUUAUAAUAUACAAAUCGCCUAAUCGUACUGGCGUUGCUAAACCGUGUUUUACGUUAUAAUAUUAUGUCCAUAAUAUUUUUGCAAUUAUAUUUCAAAUAUUAUUGUCAAUCAUUUUUACAUUCUACUUUCUUACGUCGAGCGUUUCUUGGCCACUCGAAAUACAUUUUGUAAAAUUCUCAUGUGCUAAAAACGGUGGCACUAUGCCAUUUAGAACGUACCUUUAUUUGCUUGUUCGGUAUACAAAAAAAAAAAACCUAAUGCAGAUAAGUUUCCGGUAACGAUAACAAAAUUUCAUAUUGAAAAUGCUUUAUGCAGAUAUAUAUAUUUAUUUGUUGAAAUUUUAGUUUUUAUAAUACCAAUACUUUUUCUUCUUAUGUGAUGAACUCGAUUAUUGUGAUAGUUUUAAGACAAUUUGACCUUAUAAAAAGAAAAAAAAAAGUUUGUAAUUUAUUUAUGGGGAUUGUACUUAGUUAGUUUUCCUUUGUUGUUUGAAUUGUUUUGUUUUAAGCCAUAUUUUUACGAUAGUGUUUUUAUUAAAAAAAAAAAAAAAUCUUGUAAUUUACGUGACCGAAUAACAUGUAGUAACAAAAUGUUUACAAGUUUAAGAUGAUUAUGUUAAUACAUUUACGUCGAGCUAAGACUCGUCCUGAGAACACUACGCUUGAGUGCUGUUAGAUCGCUCGCUUUUUACAAUAAUUGUCGAUUUGUAAUAGAAGUGCGUAAAAAAAAAAAAACCGUCCAUUGUUAAUUAUUCUUCUUUUUAAUGAUAUAAUUUAUUUUCUUUGUUAUAAAAUAUAUGGUCUCUCGCUACCGUUUUGUUACCAAAGUUUAUUAAGUGUAAUAAUAUAUCCUUCUAAAUUAUGAUUAUAUAAUAUAUGAUAUACUAUAAAAAAUAAAUUGCGCUCGCUUACUUGUAUUACAUGUCUAUGCAGUCUACGGUAAUGUUUGUCUUUAUUGUAUUUAACAAAAAAAAAAAAAAAAACCAGAAACAUUAUAUUAUUGGAUUAUACUAUUAUAACCGUGUUACCUAAUUUGUUAAGCGCGUGUACCAAUGAAGAUUUGAUUAGUUUAAAUACUAUAAUUAUAUUAUAUAUUUAUGUAAAUUUUACAAAACGAGAUGUAUGUGAUUUAUUUUGCCGGUAGUCUUUGAUUUAACAUUACGCGAGUAGUUUAUCAUGUUAUUUUUUUUUGUCGCGGUGAUAAGUUCAUAAAUGAGUUACGACGGUAAAACUUUAUUUUUGUAUUUUUCUUUUUUUUGGUUGUUUUUGUUUUUAAGUAAAAAAUAUUAUAAAAAUUAUUUUACAGUAAUACAGAGGUACAACAAUAGUUUGUGUACCGACUAUUACGGUUAUACGAAUAUAGUUUUACGUUGUAGUUAAACAAAAAAAUCACACAUCAUACACUACAUAUUUUCCAUGUUAGUAUUAAGUUUAAAAUGUUUGCUAGGCAAUUGAGGCAUACAAAAUGAUUACGCAGUAGAAGAUUAUAUUAUAUUGUUUGUUUGAGAUGCGAUUCAGUUAGAGACGUUUUGAGUUUGGACAAUAACAAAAGGCAUGACUAGUAAUUUAAAAAAGUAACUAAGUUUAAUCUAUUAUGUAGAAUAGUAUACUAUUAUAAAUGAUAAUGAGAUUGCUAAUUUAAUCAUUUUUGUGCCUAUUGUCUAGUCAGGGUAGCUAUUAUAUUUAUGUAUGUAGACAGUAUAAAACUCAAUAGAGUGAAACUAAAUAAUGUUAUGGUAAUUAACUAUUCUUUAAGUUUAAAAUAUAUACAUUCCUAAACCGAUGCGAUGAUGUGUUUUUUUAUCGUCAGUAGUUAUUAUUGAAUUUGGGAUUUUAAGACGGAAAUAAAAAAAGUUGUACGCGUUCUAUGACAUGAUUUUAUCUAACGAAAAUGUAUCUACUAUUAUAUUGUAUUUAAGUAGUAGUUAAACCAACCGAAUCCUAACGAAGAUAGUUAUAUUUGAUUUAAUCAAGUCGUAGGUAGUAGUUUAACAUAAUGUGUACCAUAACCUAUAACAUACAAUAAUAUUGUAUCGUACACUUAUAGAUCUGUCUAAUUAUACUUUUAUUUAACACAUGCCUAUGUGUAAUAAUUUGUUGAGUUGGUGAAUGUCUUUUCGCAAACGAGUAAAAGUUGG